UUCUUGGCUUCAUUUGUACUAUUCAAAAAGCCACUGAAGGAGAUAACGAUGGCUCUAAUUGAAAAAGUCUACUCUCUGGAACUGCAAGCACAAGUAAAUUAUUCGGGAGCUGGCGGCAAAUAUGCACUAAAAAUAUUGUGCUCAACGCAGGUGCUUAUCAAGGCUCUAGUUGAUCAUUCGCUAUUUGACAACACGGAAGAUCCAGGCACACAAGCAUGCGCUGAGUUCCGGUACCAAAUGCAACAUGCUUGUGACCGCAUUAAGAGCAGCGAACGCAAACGGUCUGGAGCUGGGAAUCGGAAACAAUCCAGCAGCCGGAAGGUGCGAAGCACGCUUAAGAUGGAGUCUUUUCAUAGUCUGGCUGUAGAUGAAGACGUCGAGUGAAGGUGCAGGAUCUCCAAUGAGGAUGAAUUUAAA